AUGCACUAUCUCGCCCUAAACAUUUCUUUCCUGUUGGUUGUCUCGGCUUCUUUUACCGCUGGUCAGAGUCCCACCCCAACUGCAAGCCCUACAAGCGCACCAGUAGUUGACGGAACAUGUGCUUCCCAAGAUCUGGUGGAUGAAUGUAUAGCAGCAAUGAAAAUCGGACUCAACAAAUGCGCAGAAGAUAAUUGGGAUUGCAAAUGCUCAGGCAUCGCAAACAUUUCCAACUGUUAUGCUGAUUGCCCAGACGACCCAAGUCAUUUCGCGGCCGAAUUAUCAAGCGAACAAAUUUGUGCUACUGCGAAUGCGUAUGAUAAAGGGUUGACGGCUGUUCCAACUACGUGGACUACACCCGGUCCUCGCGAAGCGACACCUACCGGUACUGUUGAUUAUGGAAGUGAAGUUACUACCACUACUGGGCCGACUCAGACAACUGUUGCAGACGAGGAAAAGAAAUCAGGUGGGAUUAUCGCUAUAAAAGUUACUGGUAGCUGGUUGGGACUUGUGGGGUUGGCAAUCGGGGUAAUACUAUGA